AUGCCAGCCGUGAGUUGCCCGGCAAAGACGAUCGCGAUGCUCUCCAUCAAUAUCGGUUUCGGCUGUGCUUUUUGUGCGCGCCGCAGCCUCGCCUACCGUACCAAGGGGACUCCUUCGGAUUCCGCCCUUUCGGCUUUGUUCCUGCUGAUGUUCACAAAAAACGAGCGGUGUGACGUGGUGUCCGCGGCAACAGAGUCAGAGACAGUGUAG